UAUUUUGAAAAGCGUUGACCGGAAGUGAUGCUGAGGGCAGUCGGGAGCGAGCUGGAUGUUGAUGCGCAGCUCGUGAAGCUUCAGAACAGAAAAACGUCUCAAAAAUAUCAGAAGACCAAACGGAUCAACAGAACUAAAGCAGAGGGCGCUGUGACCAUGCCUCCCUGUGCUGCUCUCUCAUUGGUCGGCCUGCUCCUGCUAACUCUGGCCUCCUCCGAGCCUGCUGACCCCUCCCUGGACGAUCUGACCAAUAGGAACGCAGACUUCGGCACAAGGCUGUACGGAGCCGUCAGCAGGCGGACCGACGACAACGUCUUCCUGUCGACCUUCACGCUGUCGGCCGCGCUGCUGGCGCUGCUUGGCGCCGCCAACGGGCCGACCCGGGACCAGCUGCUGCAGGGGCUCACUCUCACCGGACUGGACCCGCAGACACUGCCAGACCUGUUCCAGACUCUGAGUGCCGGCGUGCAGCAGGGCAGCGCCGCCAUGACCCUGAAGCAAGGCGUGGCCAUGUUUCCGGCUCAAGGUAUCCAGGUGUCCCCGUCCUACCUGGACCUGCUGCAGACCAAGUUCGGCGGCAGCGUGAAGAGCUUGGCGUACGCUACGCCACCGGAGGCCGCCGACGCCAUCAACGUGUGGGCUCAGGAGGUGACCGGAGACGAGGUCCAGGACCUGGUGCCAGACCCAGACCCCCAGACCCAGCUGCUGCUCGCCACGGCUGCCGCAUACAAUGUGCGGUUCAGUCCGUCCUUUAACAAGUCCCUGACUCAGGACGAGCGCUUCUACGUGGGAAAGUAUCACGUGGUCAUGGUUCCCAUGAUGUUCCGGUCCGAUAAGUACUUCCUGGCAUACGACCGCUCGCUGAAAGCCGGCGUGCUGAAGCUGCCGAUGGCGGGCGGGGCGGCCAUGUUGGUGGUGCUGCCGGACGAAGACGUGGACAUCACGACGGUGGAGGAGGAAGUGACCGGAGAGAAGAUCCAGGCCUGGAUCAGACAGCUCAAGAAGACGAAGCUGGAGGUGCAGCUUCCUCGCUUCCUGUUGGAGCAGUCGUACUCUCUGCGGGACGUCCUGCAGACUCUUGACAUCACGCAGGUGUUCCAGGACGACGCUGACAUCAGCAACAUGGGCGGAGCCGAAGGACUGAAACUCACACAGGUUUAUCACAAGUCUCGCGUGUCAGUGGCUGAGAACGAUGACAUCACAGCGGGAGGCGGAGCCAGUGUGUUCUCCAGCCUGCCCCCCCGCCUGACGGUCAACAGACCCUUCCUCUUCAUCGUGUACGAGACGGCGAGCCGUGCCCUGCUCGCCAUGGGCCGCGUCAUCGACCCCUCCAGCAAAUAACCGCUAACGGUUCCCAACCCGAGGCUCCAGACCCCCCCAAAGGGACGGGAGAGGAACCAAACGGGUCCCGAGACAGUUUCAGAUAUCUCAUCGCAAACUAAUCGCAUGAUUGGCUGUCGUUAACUCGCGGUUAAUGAUAGGGCUGGGCAAUAUAUCGAUAUUAUAUCGAUAUCCUGAUAUGAGACUAGAUAUUGUCUUAGAUUUUGGAUAUGCUAAUAUCGUGAUAUGACAUAAGAGUCUUUUCCUGGUUUUAAAGGCUACAUUACAGUAAAGUGAUGUCAUGUUCUGACCUCACCAGACUCUUCUAUUAUUCACCUUAACCCACUCAGUCAUUAUAUCUACAUUACUGAAGAUUAUUUAUCUAAAAUCUCAUUGUGAAGAUAUUUUGUUAAAGCACCAAUUGUAAACCCUAUAAUAUCGCCACAAUAUCGACAUUGAGGUAUUAGGACAAGAAUAUCGUGAUAUCUAAUUAUCUCCAUAUCGCCCAGCCCUAGUUAAUGGCGUUCUUUAUAUGUUCUAAUAACGUUUCUUUAGUUCUGUAUCGUUCCAGUAUCAGAUCCGAUACCAGUAUCAGAUCAGCCUCCGAUACUAACCUAACCUAAACCGCUGGCAUUAGAGAGUACUGGAGAGUAUUAGAGAAUACCGGAGAGUAUUGGAGAGUAUUAAAGAGUACUGGAGAGUACUGGAGAGUUUAACCCUCCUGGUGUCCUCGGGUCAAAUCGGACCCAUUUUUAAAAGGUUUCCAUAUCAGAACAUUUGGGUUUUCUUUUAACCAAAUUGUUCAAAAGGAAUAACGUGGAUGGUUCUGUUCAGCGCUGUUCACACGUUAAAUACGUGAUCAGUUCACUACUUUCUUUGAAUUUGAAAUUUUAUAACAUUUUAAGAAGAAAGUUCAUAAAAGAACGUUGAAAAAAGUGACAAAAAAAGUUGGAAAAAAACGGUUAAAAAAUCGACAAAGAUUUCAGAAAAAGCUUGAAAUAUACGUGGAACAUCUGGAAAAGUUACAGUAACGCUGGUCUUAUGGUUUUAAUUUAAAAUUUUGACCCAGAAAACCAACCAUGUGUGCAGGUUGAUAGGUAGACAAGACGAGAGUUAAAGGAGUCAUCCGAGUAUCUGAGUAUUUCUGAGUAUCUGAGUACUUCUGAGUAUUUCUGAGUCUCUGAGUAUCAUGUAGUUAGUUUUAAAGCUCACAUUGAUUUUACGUUUAUUCGGCUUAUGUGCUGCCAAAAAGCAUUAGACUGGGAAACUGAAUGUAUGCUUAGUUUGUCAGCGUUAGCUGUGAGGUUUCUGACGGAAAAAGCAGCGUUUCUACGGCACCCUGGAAAAGCAACGAUUUGGUAUUUUCUGUAUUUUCAACUUUUACAUCCGUGAUAUUUAACCGCAGAGUAACGUCAGACAAUCUGCUUCCUGUUUACACCGCCACGAACAUGCCCAGUGUGUGUGUGAAUGGUCAUGUGAUUGUGUUAUCAGACUUAAUAUGGACGGAGACGUGGAAAGCCCAAAGUGCCACGAAACGACUACAUUUUAACGCAAACAACAUUUAAAAACACCGCAUUUUACACUGUUUUAUUUGUCAAAAAAACGCUAUUCUCUGCGCUUUUGUCAGUUGCUGUAAAAAGUUUUCUUUCCAGAAACCUCACAGCAAACGUUGAGGCAUGCACUGUUUCUACGACCUUUUUCAAUGUAAAAGACGCAAUUUUAUGAAAACUCAAAAUACCAGCAGAGAAUAGCAGCGUUUUUGACGCUGUUAAAAGCAGUGUUUUUAAAUGUAAAUCAUGUUUAAAAUGUAGCCGUUUGAUAUCACUUUGGGCUUUCCAUGCUGAGAUUAGUUCGCUACUGAAAACUCUUGUGUGCACGGAGAUUGUUUCUGUCUCAAAACAACGCUUACAAAUUAAAACGUAGCCAUGUAAAUGUCUCUGAGUCAGAGUCACUGAGAUGUAACUGUGGUUCUCUGAGUCUGAGACAGAGUCACUGAUGUAACUAUGGUUCUCUGAGUCUGAGACAGAGUCACUGAUGUAACUGUGGUUCUCUGAGUCUGAGACAGAGUCACUGAUGUAACUGUGGUUCUCUGAGUCUGAGACAGAGUCACUGAUGUAACUGUGGUUCUCUGAGUCAGAGUCACUGAUGUAACUAUGGUUCUCUGAGUCUGAGACAGAGUCACUGAUGUAACUAUGGUUCUCUGAGUCUGAGACAGAGUCACUGAUGUAACUGUGGUUCUCUGAGUCUGAGACAGAGUCACUGAUGUAACUGUGGUUCUCUGAGUCUGAGACAGAGUCACUGAUGUAACUGUGGUUCUCUGAGUUGGAGAGAGAGUCACUGAUAUAACUGGUUCUCUGAGUCUGAGACAGUUAUUAACUAAUUAUUGGCUCAUUAGUAAACGUUAGCAUCAUUAGCUAUUGUAGCAUGUGUGCUGUAUAUAAAAACACUUCCUGUACUAAUAUUUAAACAUAACCAUGUGUGUAAAACAUUAAACAUUACAAUGUGAA